AUGAAGCUUGAGAAUCAAGUCGUAAUGAGUGCAGAUGUCAGCCACAAGGUUCUCCGCAAUGAAACCGUUCUCGAUUUAAUGAAUGGAUUGUUCUCACGAGUUCCCCAUGAGCGAUUCACUGACGCCUGUGAGAAAGAGGUCCUGGGACAAGUUGUGUUAACCAGGUAUUACCAGUGCUACAACAGAAAAUGAGAAGAAAAUAAAAUGUUCAACACAGUGGCUUCACUUGUAUCUUUAGAAUUAACUAACUGCUCCAGUGGUAAGAUAUGUCUAUUGUUACAAGUUAUAUUCAGAGUUGACUGCUUUAUCUUAUGUUUUUAGAUACAACAAUAAAACAUACCGAGUCGAUGACUUUGACUGGUCUACCAACCCAACACACACGUUUAAGAAAAAGGAUGGCUCAGAGAUUUCAUAUGUAGACUAUUACAAACAGGUACACACAAUUCUUUCCCCCACAUGAUAAGUAUAGCAUUUAUGCAUAGAAUCAAGAGCAAGGUUCCGAUGUGAUACAAUCAGGUCAAUGCAUGUACAAUAUUAGUGUUGGAUGUCCCUAAGAUGUGUCCCUUAACAUGUCCCUAAGAUUUGUAGUGAUAGCUAAGUUUUCUCUAAUUAGAUGAUAAUAGUAAUUCGUAAGGUGUAAGUUGGCAUGAAUUAGUGAAGGGACUGUCAUUGUCCUUGGCACAUUUCACUACCCUUCCUCAUAGUAGAGUCUAAUUCUCACCAGUACUUAUGUAGUUAUUUCACCAUGUCACACUUCCAACAUUAGACAUGUCAUCAUUAUCUCAUUAGAACUGUAAGAGUUCAUGAUGUGGAUUAAUGUUCCUAAUUAUUACAAAUACUGGUCACUGUUUGAGUACAAUUUCUAAAAACUGUGUUCAUUUCAUAUAUUGCUAAAGAUUUUUGAUAUUUUUGAAAUUAUAAGGGCAAAUAAAGCACUGAUCCAAAACCUUUGUGUCAAAGAACAAUACCUUUUUGUCAAAGGACAAAAGCUAAAGAACAGCUCAAAUUAAAGUUGCAGCGGGCACUUUCUUGCAGUUGACAGUUUUAAAUGAAACAUUGAAAAUCACUUAUAAUUUGUGUUAGCCUUUUUACAAGAUAUGUGCCUUUUAAAAAAAAAAAAAAAUUAUAAUAAUGGAAGGAGAAACACUGGGGAUAUUUAUAAAAGUUUUGUAGACAAAGCCAGGGCAGACAUUGCAAAUAAAGAGGAGAGAUGCUAACUUUUAUUUUUUCCUCAUCUCUGUAUACUUUCUAUGCUGACGCCACUUAUAACAAUGAUCAACAGGGAGCUAAGAUGGAGGUGCCUAGUUGGAAAAUAAAGGAGUGUAAAUUUCUACAUUUAAAGGGACACUACAGUCACCAAAACAACUUUAGAUUAAUGAGGCCGUUUUAGAGUAUUGAUCAUGGCCCUGAAGUCUCACUUCUCAAUUCACUGUCAUUAAGGAGUUAAAUCACUUUUGUUUUGUUUAUGCAGUCCUAGCCACACCUCCUCUGGUUGUGACUCACACAGCCUGCAUACAAAUAAAAUGGUUUAAUUUUCAAUCAGAUGUAACUUACUUAAAAAAAUGUUUAUCUGCUGUUAUGUAAUUUGAUCUUUAAUUAUAUGUAGGAAGCUACUGCAGGAUCGAACAGGCUACUAACAGAGCAGGAGAUAACACAUUCUAAAUUAAACAGAAAUAAAGGAAGUGCAGACAUUAUAUGACUCUUUACAGGAAGUGUUUAUGAAGGCUGUGUAAGUCACAUGCAGGACGGCGUGACUAGGGCUGAAUAAACAAAAUGAUUUAACUUCUAAAUGGCAGAUAAUUGAGCAGUGAGACUGCAGGGGCAUGAUCUAUACACCAAAUUGCUUUAUUAAGCUAAGGUUGUUUUAGUGACUAUAGUGUCCCUUUAAUUGUAUUAUUAGACCUCCCAAUACAUAACAAAUGCAUUUGUGUUGACUAUAGGGAUAAGUAAAUAUAAUAUUAAAAAAUUCUUGGAAGUGACAUUUCCCCUUUAAUGACCUUGCCUGAUUAGUUCCGCAUAAAUAUAUAUUCUUUAUUCAACAUCUAAAAUAUUCUGAUAAAUUAAAUGUAUUUUACUUGUUACUAAGCCUUGUUUUAAGGAACGCAGUCAUUUUGUUUGACCUCAUAGGGGAGUAACAAUAUUAAACAUAAACAAUUAAAUCACACUGUUGAGGAUGACAACAUUUUUACUCUGAUAUAAAAAUAAUAGCUUCUUUGGAAAAAAUAUAUUUUUGCUUGAAAACUUAAUAUGUUAUGACUAGCGCUGUGCACCUUUUUUUUCAUUUGUUUAUAUACCAAUUUCAAGACUUUAUCUAGCAUGACGUGGUUAUCUUUCAGAAAAAUAGAGGUGACACAGGAGAAGGGUUUCCGAACUCCUGGAAAUCACACAAUUACAAAUGGCAUGCCACAGUUUUGUUCUUCAUUGUUUAGACAUGGAAAAAUCGAAAGGAGUUAUUUUAAGGUGACAUUCUUUCACACCCGGAAAAGUCUCUAAGAAAAAUAGAAAAAAAAGGAAAUGUUGCCUGCAUAAGUAUGUUAACUGUGUGCUGUAAAAGCUCUCUGUUUUUACAGCUGAAUUAGAAUGACUUAAUACGUACAUAAUUACCUCAUCAUUGGCCUCCACGUGUAAACCAUUACUGUUAAUGUCACAUUUUCAGCAUAUAAAGAUCACUUUUAAAGGAUUAUUUGGCAGGCUGUAGAUUUGAAGAAAAAUUAAUCCCAAGAGAUUUUUACAGACGUUAGAAACAAGAUAAGACAUUGGCUGGAAAAUUGUACAAAUUAAGAUUUAAAAUAGUAAGAAAUGCCACCAUGAAGCAAGCUACAUAUGUCGUUUUUGGGUGUUUGAGGAUUCUGCACUGUAUCGAAGAUCUAAGUCAUUCUUCAUGGAAUCCCUCAUUCAAAAUCACCACUUCUAAAUCGAUUUCCUAUUACAGCAAUAUAACCUAUCCCUGACGGAUCUGCAUCAGCCCAUGUUGGUGAGCACUCUGAAGAUGAAGAAAACUGACACCUCCGACACUCCACGUGCUGUUCACCUGCUUCCAGAAUUCUGCUACUUAACUGGUAAGUACAACAUCUUGAGAGAACAGCACACCAGGGACACCAUGUAAUGCCUGUACCUCCACCAGAAAUAGAAUAGUUCUGUAUCGGCCUGUUCAAUAGGGAAAAAGGGGGUUUAUUGGAAUUUCAAUUCAGGUGUUAACUUUCUAAUGAAAAUAGUACAGCUAACUAGCAAAAAACUUAAAUCAUAAAAUGCUUUAAUAAACAGACCUCAAUUUGUGUUUUUCAUGAAGGAAUCUAACUGCAGUGGUGUUUGACGUGCUCACUACAGCACAUUGCAGCUAUAUUGCAGUGAGAGAGGAGAGAGAUGGGGGGGAAAAAGAAUGUAGGAAAAAAGAGAUUGGAAAAAAAAAAUACAUUAGCCAAUGAAUUGUUCAGAGUAUUCCGUUGACGCAUAUAGAAAAAAAACAUCAAUCACGUGUAUGUUUUGCAGUGACAUUUUUGAGACAGAGGCUAUAAGAAAUGAACUUUUCAAAAACUGCUGGGCCAUAUUAACACAACACACAGGUGGACUUUUCUUAAAUAAUCAAUGUUUUUUUUUAAGUAGUCUGUUUGCUUUAUGGGCGAUGUCCGGAGUGAUAUGUUCGUUGUUAAAUUUCACAUGAUUUAUUGCAAAUAAUAAGUAAGUAUAAGUAAUUUUACUUACAAAACAUGCGCCGUGCAAGUUAAAAUUUAAAGAUUGAAAUAGGUUACUAAUAUAUAAUAAUUUUCCGUUCCUUUGCUGUCGUCAAUCUUAAAAGAGACUAAGAAAAAUAAGUUAAAGUUUACUCUGGGAUAAAGUCCUCUGAGUACGGGACAGUAACUGAUCUGUCUGCCAUAGUGUGCUUAAAUUUACGAUCAUUGCUCUCUCACUCUCUGAAAUGUGCUAAUAGGCUUUAGAAGCCAGUUGUCAGUGAAAAUGUCUUGCCUUUUAGUAGGGCAAUGGUAUGCUGGGGAGCAAUUUUGUUAAAGCACUUGGUAACUUCUGAAGUUAUUGCGCUGCCUUGGUUCAACAACCGUCCCUAUUGGCAGCCUAAGGCUUCUAAUGAUGGCGAGAAAAAGGACACAUAUCUUUCCAAAUUGUCAUUUGAAAUCACAUGUAUUGCCAAGUAAAGGAUUAAGGGUUCAUUUCUGUCUUAAUCAAUGGGGGAACAUUUUGCUUAAUCACUGGACAGAAUUUGAUUGAGUGAAGGAGCAAGCUUAUCAUAGUGUAGCUGAAUUCAUUACUUCAACUCAUUUCCAUUUAGUGAUUGCACCUUGAUGGCAUUUUACUGGUAGAUUAGUAAAUAAAUCCAAAAAUAGUGUAGUCUGAGUAUUAAAAAAUAAGUAAAUAAAAAAUAUAUGCAUACUUGAAUCAUUUUGAAAAAGUCAUAGUAUUCAUUUUUACAUUUUUUCCCCCUCUUCUCUUAAACGGAAGUGAAACCUCUUAUUGUCCUAAUGCAUCCAUCCAUCAAAGUUCUUCCUUUCCUUGGCUUUUAUUUUAAUUACUAUUACCCACAGCCUUAUAAUUCUUUUUUUUUUUUUUAAACAUGGGCAACAGAUAAUUACUACAUUCUGUCAUUUUGCAUGCAAACUGUGAAUGCAUGCACAAAACUUACUUUAACUUUUCUUUCCCCAAUAAAUCAUCAAUUUGAAAUGAAGGGCAUGCUCUGUUGCAAAGACAACUUUAAUGAUUCAUGUUCCAGGUUAGGUUGCUUUCUACUCUCUCAAAUAAAUAAAGCAAAAGUUAUUUCUAUGCUGUGUUUCUUUCCUAACAUGUAUUUCUUAAAACAGUAAUAGCAUUGAUCAAUAAAUAAUUUGGGCACAGUUGCCAGGCUUGUCAGAGAUAAGUAUUGUCAACCCCACAUAAGUAAUAGUUACACUCAGCUAGUAAAACCAGAUUAUUAACUGUUCAAGGUAAAGAUGCGGUUUGCUUUUAUUGCUUGGGUGUAGUGCAAUUAUUAAGCAACUUAAUUGUUCUCAUUAUACUUGACCUUUAAAUAUGAAAAGCUGAGUUGAGAUAAUGCAUUUGGAGCAGUAAUUUGAACUCUCUCACAAACAUGUUUACUUUCAGAAGAAAUGUUUGGAUGGAGAAUUGAAUUUUUUUGAGAAAGCAUUCUAGGCCCUUUGCUGUCACUUCUACCUUUUGUAUUGGUCUGUUUAUAUCGUAUUGUUUUUUCCUCAAGUGUACAGCGCUGUGGACUAUGUUGGCGCUUUAUAAAUGUCAGUAAUAGAUAAAUAAAUAUAUCGUUGCCAUGAGUAUGCUUUAUACAUGUGGAAAGAUGUUCAGUUCGCGUGAAUGUCCGUUUUUUUUUUUGGGAUGACCGAUUUCAAGGGCAAGGUGAUGAGAGUAAUUUGACACAUGGACAGCCCAAGGCAUCUUCUCAAAUUUACAGCACAUACCCUGGCCUGCUCACUGCUUCCAUAACCCAGAAUGAUUUUGUUUGGAAGCCUUUGUUGCUUUUCCUUCAUUGAAGCCCACUUCCACUUCCACUGAUUAUGAAAGUAAGUUCCUCUCUCACUCCUCUCCAAAUACUUCCACCCAUGCCUCUCUCGUAUGUGUUAGCCAAAUUGGAAGCUAUAAAUCACGCUCUGUUAUUUUGUUGUGAGCUGAGAUUAAUUUGUGCUUUAUUUUUGCCGAACCUCGAUCUUUAUUAUGCUGCCCAUCACAUCUUCUGACUAUGGGCUGUAUCACUGGACUCUGACUUAUGCAUGCCAAUUGUGACUGACACCUGGAAAAGAUACGAUUCCUAACUUGUAUUGACUUCUACUAUCUGGACUCUAAACUAACCCUUUAUUUUCCACAGUUAAUCCUGCCUGGAAGCUAGCUACUGCUACUAGUAUUUACAUCCUUAAUCUGCCUGACAUGCCAGGUUGCUACUGCCUAAUCACAACUAGCCAUAUUGUCUGCAUGGUGAAUUACUCUGCAUUUGAGGUACCUACUAUGAAAGUUACUAUAACACCUCUCCCAACAAAUUAG